AUGGUCCCUCACUUCUGGCUGCUCUGCCUCCUGCACUUGGCCAGAGCCGCCGAGCGCCCCCAGGGCCGGGCGGACGAGCAGAGCCCCGAGGCGGCCCUGGCCGUGCCCAACGCCUCGCACUUCUUCUCCUGGAACAACUACAGCUUCUCCGACUGGCAGAACUUUGUGGGCAGGCGGCGCUACGGGGCCGAGUCCCAGAACCCCACGGUGAAAGCCCUGCUCAUCGUGGCUUACUCCUUCAUCAUCAUCUUCUCGCUCUUCGGCAACGUCCUGGUCUGUCAUGUCAUCUUCAAGAACCAGCGAAUGCACUCGGCCACCAGCCUCUUCAUCGUCAACCUGGCGGUCGCCGACAUAAUGAUCACACUGCUCAACACUCCCUUCACCCUGGUCCGCUUUGUGAACAGCACGUGGGUGUUCGGGAAGGGCAUGUGCCACGUCAGCCGCUUUGCCCAGUACUGCUCCCUGCACGUCUCAGCACUGACGCUGACCGCCAUUGCGGUGGACCGCCACCAGGUUAUUAUGCAUCCGUUACAACCCCGGAUCUCGAUCACAAAGGGUGUCAUCUACGUCGCUGUCAUCUGGACCAUGGCUACGUUCUUUUCACUCCCACAUGCCAUCUGUCAGAAGUUAUUCACCUUCAAGUACAGUGAGGACACGGUGCGCUCGCUCUGCCUGCCCGACUUCCCCGAGCCAGCUGACCUCUUCUGGAAGUACCUGGACUUGGCCACCUUCAUCCUGCUUUACAUCCUGCCGCUGCUCAUCAUUUCUGUGGCCUACGCCCGGGUGGCCAAGAAGCUGUGGCUGUGCAACACUAUCGGCGACGUGACCACGGAGCAGUACCUUGCUCUGCGGCGCAAAAAGAAGAAGACCAUCAAGAUGCUGAUGCUGGUGGUGGUCCUCUUCGCCCUAUGCUGGUUCCCCCUCAACUGCUACGUCCUCCUCCUGUCCAGCAAGGUCAUCCGCACCAACAAUGCCCUCUACUUCGCCUUCCACUGGUUUGCCAUGAGCAGCACCUGCUACAACCCCUUCAUCUACUGCUGGCUGAACGAGAACUUCAGGGUCGAGCUGAAGUCAUUACUGAGCAUGUGCCAAAGGCCGCCCAAGCCUCAGGAGGACAGGCCACCCUCCCCAGUCCCUUCCUUCAGGGUGGCUUGGACAGAGAAGAGCAAUGGCCGGAGGGCUCCUCCACUAGCCAAUAACCCCUUGCCCUCCUCCCAACUCCAGGCUGGGAAGACAGACCUGUCGUCUGUGGAACCCAUUGUGGCCAUGAGUUAGAGGAGGCUGGGAAGACACAGCAGGAGGAGUCUGUCCCCAGCUGAGCCUGAGAAAGAGCCUCUCCUCUCACACAGAUCUUCACAGCGCUGGAAGCCGUAGGACUCGAGCUCCUAGGAAACCCUGCCCAGCCUCCUAGCCCCAUGUAUGUGAAAACUAAAAGGCAACUACCAACUAGACAUGUAUUUAUAAAUUCCCAUCUAAGAAGUGCUGUGAGGCACGGCACCCUGGAUCCCCGAGCAGGAGAACCAAGGACAACUUUGGCCCAGAUGGACACUGAGCCAGUCAACUGCCUCCAUCUGUCAGGCAGCUGCUGCCUUACAGCCCUUCCUGCCGUUGGGUGUCCCUAAAGGAAGCCUGAGUCACACUGUGGGUACGGCUGACCCAGGUGCACAGAGCUCUGCUCCAAGUAGGUUCAUUGGCCAGUGAAACAUUAGCAA